AUGUCGGAGAAAGAGCUAAAGAGGAGUCACGAGAAGUUCUGUGUCCGGCGGCGGCGUGAGAAGCCGACAACCACUGGACAAAAAAAUGAAGCAGCGAUUUCGUCAAUUGCCCUCUUCGUGAUCGCGAAUCUCGACUCCGCCUCAGCAGUCGGCGAAUCGACGCUUCGUUCCACCGUCUGUGUGUUGAAUGUUGAUUCCGCCAUCUGCCGGUCCGCCGCGGCGCCGCAGACCAGUCUGCCGCCCGCGGCCCCGGCCCGCCUGUCCGCCGCGGCGUCGCCCAUCCACUGCAGCAGGCCAACAGCUGCAAAUAGUUGUCACAAUUAUGCUAGAGUACAGGUUGAAUCUUUUCAAGAUCAAAGACAUAGUGUUUCAAAUAUAUUACGAGCACAUGGGCGAGAUAUAGAGGUUUCUUAUCGCACCCGUUUAACAACAAUGUUGGAUGUUACGCGAUUUCUUUUGAAGCAAGGACUGUCUUUCCGUGGACAUGAUGAGUCAAGUAAUUCUUUAAAUAGAGGAAACUUUCUUGAAUUGCUUCAAUGGUACAGUCAACGAAAUGAGGAAGUUUCAAAGGUUGUUAAUCAAAAUGCUCCCGGAAACAAUCAAAUGAUUUCUCUAACAAUUCAAAAAGACCUUACGCGUGAUUGUGCCUCUGAGAUCACACUUUCCAUAAUCGAAGAUAUUGGAAACAAUGUCUUCUCCUUAAUGGUUGAUGAAUCUCGAGACAUUUCAGUGAAGGAGCAAAUGAGAGUUGUUUUGAGAUAUGUGAACAAAAGAGGACAGGUGAUUGAACGAUUCCUUGCAAUUGUACAUGUAUCUGACACUAGCUCUUGUUCUUUGAAGGAUGCUAUCGAUGCUUUAUUUGCGAAACAUGGAUUAUCAUUAUCUAGACUGAGAGGUCAAGGAUAUGAUGGAGCUUCAAAUAUGCGGGGUGAAUUCAAUGGGUUGAAAUCUCUCAUUUUGCAAGAAAAUCCAUAUGCAAGUUAUAUUCAUUGUUUUUCUCACCAAUUACAGUUAGUUAUUAUUGCUGUUGCCAAGAGUAAUCUCAAUGCGAUGACGGAGAUGAAAGACAAUUGUAUGAUUGAUGGUCGUAGUAGACGUAGAAGGCAAGUCAUCACCAAUUUGCAUUAUUAUCGUGUGGAGAUUUUCUAUCAGGUUGUUGAUUCAGUUAUACAAGAGAUGAAUACUCGUUUUUCAGAAGUUGGCACAGAAUUGCUUAGUUGUAUAGCAUGUCUUCAUCCAAGGAAUUCUUUUUCUGAAUUCAAUGUUCAGAAACUCGUUCGACUUUGUGAUUUAUAUCCUGAGGACUUCUCAACAAAUGAUUGUAUAGUUAUUGAACAACAACUUCAGAAUUUCAUUCAUAAUAUACGACAGGAUCCAAAUUUUUUUGGAAUUGAAGAUUUGGGAAGUUUUGCUCAGAAAAUUGUUGAAACUCAAAAAAAUCAAGCUUAUCCAUUGGUUUAUCGUCUGAUUGAGAUGGCAUUAGUUUUACCAGUUGCGACCGCUUCUGUUGAAAGAGUAUUUUCUGCGAUGAAGAUGAUAAAAACUGAUUUACGUAACAGAAUGGGAGACGAGUGGAUGAAUGACAGUCUAGUCGUAUACAUCGAGAAAGAUAUCUUUUCAACAAUUGAAAAUGAGCAAAUAUUGCAGCGUUUUCAAAAGAUGAAAAGUCGCAGGAUGCAGUUACCUCCUCUUUCUUAUCCAACGACCACCUAA